AUGGUGACUAUGAAACUAACCGGACAAGGAUGGAAUCGUUAUUCUGUUUGUCCAAAUAUUAGAAUACGGUUGAAUAUGCUCCAGACUGAGCAAAGGCAUGGAAGAAGGUUUCUUGUAGCAUAUGCAAAGAGAAAGGUCACAACAAGGCUAGCUACUUGUAGUCAAGUUAUAGGGCCAUCCAAACGAAACGGGACAAAGAAACAAAAAAUUAUAACUACGCAGGAGUCUGUGAACAUUACAAAAGGGGGUGGGGAUGAUGAGGUAAUGGUUAAUGCAGGGGAUGCAUUGGAGACAACUGGUCAGGAAGAGAAAAUGGUGGGAGUCAAUGGACGUGCGGAAGGGGUCAAGGUCAAUGCUCGUGUUCGUCAAGUUCAACAUGUAAGACCACCUAACAAAAGGAAGAAGUCAGAGAGAAUUAUUAAAAUGAAGCUUGCUAAAAACAUGGGAGGUGAAGGUAGCAGUCGUGCAACGGCCAUGGAUUUGGAUUAG